ACAAUAGACAACAAAUAAAUUAGAAAGUGUAGACAAACUCGUGUAUUAUUUUUUACACUUAUAAAACAAAUGAAUGCAUAAAAUAGUUACAGAAACACACAUUAAUAUUUUUUAUAUAAAUAGAAAACAAUGAAUAAGAAAAUAUAGAAAGCACUUGUCACCAUACCUCCUCGGAUGACAACACCACCCAGCUGAUCUGGUGGCUCGAGUAAAUCCUCCGCCAUCCUGAAAGAAUCUCAAGAUGGACUCAUCAGAUUCACCCAGAAUGGAUACCUCAGGCACAUCUGAAGAGCUUGACACAUCCCUGGAGAGCUCGCCUAGCGAGUUGGCUGACCAAACAAUUCGGAGGACGCCUCAACGACCGUCGCCCUUCACUCUAAGGUCCCAAUGUGCUGAUGGCAAGUGUCCGAUGGGCACUGGCAUACUCUUCCGCUCCAGGAUCAGCCCGUCUCCCAGCAAGCAAGAAGACGCUAACUACAUGGAAACCCGGAGUGGAAACAAAUAUCGCACAUGUACCACACAAGAGCGGACUCGAAGUAGGCGUCGACGGCGGUCUGAUCAAAGUCGCGUGGACACUACCAACAGCAGCGUCAACACUUCACACCUACUAGAGCUAUCCCACGACCACACACACCUCCACGACCACUCACACGACGACCACACACACCACCACGACCACAUCAGACAUCACCACAACCACUCACACUACCACGACCACUCACACCAUCACGACCGCUCACACGACCACAUCAGACAUCACCACGAACACACGACUCAUUUACACGACCAACCACACGGCAACAUCCACACACUUCAGCACCUACACCACCACCACCACGACCACAACGGGGUCCACGCGCUAGAGCAUCACCACGCACCACAAUCACCGCAGCUCCUGAACAUUGGCGAGAUGGUGGGACGACGCUUGAGGACCCCACGCAAGAAGAAGGAUUCUUCUGUGGCUUCCAAAGAAAAUAAGUCAACAACAGUUUCUCAGGCACUGGUAGACUGCAGCAGCAAUGGUAGGCCACAGAUGGGUAUGAAUGGUGGCAUAGGAGGCCUUGCUGAAAGUGUGAAGAACAGUGUUAUCAGCUUUCUCACACCGUCCACAGAGAGAAGUUUGCCUGCUAUUGUGGAAUCAUCAGAAUCAGGAUUUGAAGAAGGAAAUUUAACUGGUGAGACUGUGACGGCAUCUUCACCAUUUGCUGAGAAGUUUGUAUGUGCUCGCGAGUUCUUUGCUGAGGCUCAAACAAGAGAUCGUCUCACCAGUGACUAUUUUAGUGGAACUGACACACCUUCUAAGCUCAGGAACAGCUCACGACGGCUCACCCUUCGAAAACCAUACAACCAGUACAUUGCUUACUCAUCUGAUGAAGAACUUGAUGAGUGGCAGCAACAGCCCAAGUCAGAUUACACCUACAGUGAGUCGCUCACCUACCGUGAUCGGGUGACUCCAGACCGGAAGAUCGGGUCCCCCAACAUGUCCCGUCGGGGUCUAAGGGGUGGGAACAUAAAUUAUAUUAAGUCACCGGAUUUCACCGUAUCAAAUAUGGCCCUUGAGACCGACAGUAGUCUCUUAAACCUCAGGACGAGAACUGUGCUCAGACCAAUGGAUGCUCUCUCAGAUACCAGUGACGGUGAGGAAGUUCAGGUAGAGAUCCCAUCUACCCGCCGAUUAAGAUCAAGCAGAAGCCGGAGUAUUGAUAUCAUGCCUAAAGUCAAUGGUUCUGCAGUUACCAGAACUAUUACUACUAAUUCUCUCACAACUACAAGAACCCUUCAUUGUGGCCUAGACACAGAAAGUGAUGUGGAUGAUGGCACGGAGUCUACGGUACCCCUCCGUGCCACUCCACUUACAGCAAGAAGUGGUACACCACUUGGCCGUGCAGGAACCCCCAUCAACAGAUGUCAUUCAAAAUCAAAAAUGUUAAUUGAUACUUCUAAAGGGGGCUACACGUUAGCUAAAGGAGCCAUUGCAGAAGAUUUGGAAGAAGAGGAGAGACCUGAAAAUACAGUAGUAGUCUGGACCAAGAAGACCUGGCAUAGUAUAACUCGGAUCACUACACUAAUUACCACAUCCUUCAUCAUGAUGGCUGCCAGAGCAGUAACUCCCACAGCUGCUGAUUCAUCAUCAACCUCAGAAAAAUCUUCAAGAUAUUCUUUUCUGUCAACCAUCAACACCACUCGAAGGAAAAUGACAAGAGUAACGACAGAAUUCUUUGAAUCAACAAGAGAACGUCUGAGGAAGAACCCAAUUCUACUUUGGAUUCCUCUUCUUUUUAUAUUAACUUUGUUGGCUCUUACUGCUUACUGGUGGCUGUUGCAGUCUCGUGCCAAGACAGGUGAUACUACUGACCCCACACAAACUGAUGGACCUUCUUUCUUACAUUUAAUUUUGACAACUGCAUCUGAUCUCACCCACUGGGUGUUUUCUAGCAUCUCCCAAGGCUUCAUAUUUCUUCAGGAAUCUACACUAAGCUUAGUUUCUUGGUUAGCAUCUGCUUGUUACACAGGUCUCAUGUCAGUGUGGUUGACAAUUGUGGGAAUGUUUACUUGGCUUGGGUCUGUAGUACAAACUUGCUUGGCAUACAUGUUAAAGUUCCUUUACUUAAUGCUGGAGUAUCUACAAUACCUUGCUUUGGCCAUCUUGAGUUUCUUCUCUUCAUCUGCAUCUUAUGUGUCUGGCCUCUUCUUGCCUAUUAUUGGCUCUAAUGAAACAGAAGAAGAAAUGCAAACUGUAGAUUCAGAAACUCGGUCAUGGAAUAUCAUUACAUGGGCUUCAAGUUUUUCUCCUAUGGAACGUAUAUCUGAAGCGUAUGUGAGCCUUUCAGAAGUAAUACAAGCUUCAGGUAACUGGCUUUGGACUGGGUGGCUGUGGCUGGUGCUAACUGUUGCUGAAGCUCUUACCACUACUGCAUCAUUCAUCCUCUGGCUCCUGGGCUCUACAUGGGCUUUUAUCUGGUACCUGGUAUCUGGACUCUGGACAUUACUGACUUAUGCAAUUGUUGGUACUGUUGGGGUUGUAACAUCUACUGCAACUACAGUAUCAUCUAUAGUAGUUGGAACUUUAUCUACAGUUACCAAUAAUGCUAAACUGCUUGUACUGCCAUUCACCCAGACAAAUAAAUCAAAGAGCAAAGAAACAGUAACACCAAAGGCACAAGAAACAGUAACACCAAAGGCACCAGCAAAUGAACAGGCAGUAAAUUUCAAGGGUAUAUCGGUUGCAGAAGUUGCAAGUGUAGUGUUGAACAGUCAGGAACUGAAGGCCCUUAUUGCUACAGUAGCUUCUGAAAGUUCUAACAAGGAGCAGCUAACGAUUGAGAAUGUUUCUAGCAUUGUGAUGUCAGCACUACAGGAGGAAAAGGUCCAAAUAACUACCACAGCUCAGGAGACCAACAGUCAUAUACUGUCUCUGAAACAGCAACAUGAACUCCUUCUAAAACAACUGGAUCUGCUGGGUGCAGGCUUAGCUAAAAUUGAGGGAACAGCUGAGGUGGACCGUAAGCAUUUGGUGGCCCACAGACAAGAGUAUGAGAAGCAGUUGGUAAACCUCAGAAACCAGAUUGAGCAGCUCAGCAGCCAGCUCAAUGACUUGCAGAGUGACCAUGCCAGCCUGGCCACAGAAGUAAAAACCUGUUGCAAGAACACCAGUGUUACUUUGGCUGAUGUUGAAAAACAUGUAACUAUUCUCCUGGGAGACAUACUGGGCCUUCCAGGUUCAUCCUCAAAUGAAGAUUCAGAAGGCAAUGAUGGAAUUAGAAGGUCCUGGACUGCUGGAGACAUGGGAGCAUGGCUGAAAAGUUACUUUGUUGCCAAGGAAGAACUGGAAACAAGACUCAACACUUUAAGGGCAACGAUGAUGGCAAAGAAUGUUGAAGCAGAAGGUGGUGAAACAACACGAGUAGUAAUGGAAACGGUUUUACAAAAGCUACGUGUAGAAAUCCACAAGCAACACACUGAGUUCGUUGAAAUGUCUAAACAACAGGUGGCCGAACAAGUGAAUCAGCAAGUAAAAAUAGCUGCUACUGUUUUGGGACAACAAGUAUCAGAACAGUUACAGCAUCAACUUCAAACUUCCAGACAGCAACUUCAUGACAGUGUUAAUGUUGCCGUAAAUACUGCUCUAAAGGAAGUCGUUCCUGAACAUGUUGCUACAGCAGUUUCGGAGGCUGUAGCUAUUGCUGUACCUGAAGCUGUUGCAGCAGCAGUUCCUGGUGCUGUUGUGGAAUCAAUUCCAGGUGUUGUGAAUGUAGCUGUUGAAGGUGCUGUAGAUACAGCUGUUGAGAAGGCAGUUGUUGCUGCAGUGUCUGUUGCUGUUUCUGAUGCAGUGAAUGUAGCUGUAUCAAAUAUUGUAGAUGAAGCUGUACCCAAGGCAGUUGCAAAUUCUGUACCUGAUGCUGUAGCAGAAGCUUUGCCAAUUGCUGUUAAUAAAGCAGUUCAAAAGGCUGUAUCUAUUCAAGUACAAGACACUGUUGCAGUUGUUGUGCCAAAGGUAGUUGCAUCACUUUUACCAGCUGCAGUGAAUGAGACUGUAUCUUUAGCCAUCACAGAAGCUCUUAAGGACUUAAAAGCAAACAAGGAAAAUGAACUUGGGGAGGAAGGAAUGGAAGUGGUAACAGGGGACUUCUUAACCUCUGUGAACCACACACACAAUAGCAGGAGCGGUUCAAACAUUGAUGUUGAUUUUCCGGGGAUGACCUUUGAUGCUGGAUUGAACAAGUCUGCAGUAAUUCGGAUUGUGAAUGAGGCCCUUAAGAAAUAUGAUGCAGACAGGACUGGUAUGGUGGAUCAUGCUCUGGAAAGUGCUGGAGGAAAUAUAAUUUCCACUCGCUGCACUGAGAGCUAUCAGGUCCAUCAAGCAGAAGUCAGUAUUUUAGGUUUUACAGUUUACAGAUAUUUCACAAACAACCCUCGCACAAUCAUCCAGCCUGACCGGAUGCCUGGUCAGUGCUGGGCUUUUAAGGGGUCUCAAGGAUAUAUUGUCAUUCAGCUAGCUGGUCUCGUGAAUCCAUCAGCCUUUAGUCUCGAACACAUCCCCAAAUCCUUGUCACCAAGUGGAACGAUUGACUCGGCCCCACGUGAGUUUGAAGUAUGGGGUCUUACAUCUGAAAAUGAUGAGGGUGUUCAUUUUGGGAGUUAUGAAUAUGAUCAAGAUGGAGAGUCCCUUCAAACUUUUAUUGUGAAAAAAGAAAGCAGUGAAUAUUUCCCACUUAUUGAGUUGAAAAUUAACAGUAACCAUGGUAAUAUACUCUACACCUGUCUAUACAGAUUUAGAGUCCAUGGUAAGAGACUUUAGUACGUUUGCAAGAAUUGUGAUCUCAGGCAUUACUUAAUACUUAAGUGAUGAUACUCCCAAGUGCUAUUAAGUUAGUGACAGGUGGCCUUAAAAUCUUGAAUCUAGAGUUAGUUAAUGAUACGCCACUUAAAACUUUUCCUAAAAUUGAGGUAUUUUAUAGAAAAGUACAGCACAAUAUCUACGUCCACUUGCAUCUGCAUAAAGGUGUAUUUAUGGGAGAGUAUGCAGGAAGAUUAUUGUAGGUGAAGUAAUUUUAGUGUGUGAAUGAGUCGUGUUUGUACAUUUCAUGGAGUGAGAGUAUGUGUAAUCUGUCAAUUCUUGUGAUAUUGUAAGAGUAAAUGUUGAGAAUGCAUGAGACAUGAGUACCUGCAGUUGUAAUUCAGAGUGAGCCAUCUCUGAUGAAAUUAGUGUGACUGGAUUUCCUUAUCAGUUAAUUUCUUAUUAAUAUGAGAAGUGUUCAGAUUACUGUAUUUUAUUUUGGCAACAAUGCAAAUUGUCCUCUUCAUAUGAAAUUUCAUGGUGUUAAAAUUUUGUAAGGAAAAUAGUGAGUAUUUUAUCAUUUUAUUCCAGGUGAGUUGGUAAUGCCAUUAAAAUUUCCAAGUAAUGUAUUUAGUUAUGCCCAAUUUGAAAACAAUGAGUUUUCUCAACUUUUGUAAAUUUUCAUAUGCAUUUGCAAUAACCAUUUAAACACAACAGAUUGAUACAUAUAUAUUUAUAUAUAUUUUAUUUAAAUAGAAACAGGUAGUGGUGCUUUUAUACUGCCAUCUUAUGAAUUCGGUAAUUGUCUUGAAAAGCCUUUACAAUACUGGUACAGUAUCUAAAUUGUAACUUUAUAAAAGAUGGAUUUUUUAGAUAUGACUAAGAAUGACAGUCAGUUAAGGGUCUGUUAAUGACAGUGGAGGUUGUUUCUUGGGUUGUCAACUACAUUCGUUGCCAAAGGUUCCUUGUUUUGUGUCAUUUGCAAGUCACACGGAAUAUUUGCCUGUUUUAGAGGCUUGGAUAUAUUGUCAUAGUUUGCAUUCUCAAAGAAUUAAUUUGUAGUAACCCAAAGAUAUGUAGAUAGGCAAAUUAUUACAUUAUUUUUAUGGAGGUACAAAGAGAAUCAAUGUUAGAAUGUGUAUGUAGAUGUAUGUACUUAUUUUGUACAGAUCUUUAACAUAACUUUAUAGGAGUAACUUUUGUACAUUUUUGAAAAGACAAGAAACAAAAUAUAUAUGACUAGGGAAAUAGCUGUUGUUUGCACCUAGUUGACUGUAGCCAGACCUGCCAUUUUUCUUUUUUUUCAUGCUUUCAAGGUAUGAUCAUUUGCUAGUCUUCAUUCUUUAUCUGACAAAAGAAACUAAUAAACAAUAACCUAUAA